UUCAAGUUUAGAUAAAUUUAUAAUAUCGCAUUUCCGAUUUAUUUGAAUUUAAUUUUCAGAAGCAAAAUCGUGCCACGUAUAACAUUUAUCAGAGGCAGAGAUAUGGUGAAAAACGGUGAAGCGGAUGUAUUUUUGGGAUCCACAGUUUAUACAGACCAAACGACAAAUAUGCAUUUUUCGCACCCUUAUUUUCAAACUUGGUACCACCUCUAUUUCAAAGUUCCCGAAGGUCGACCGGCUCGCUAUCUUCACUUCAAAGCUUUCAGCGACAGGAUGUGGCUGCUUCUAUUAGGCUUCUAUAGUUUUUUAACAUUCAUGCUUUGGUUGACUUGCUUUAUUUUGAAAAAGUUUGUUCCCAGAGUGGAAAUACUAUUGUCGGUACCUACGUACUUCUUAGGAGUUAUGGCGGCAUUUUUUAACACUGGUCAUGAUUUAAACCUCAGAAGUUGUUCAGCAAGACUACAACUAAUUUCAGCGUUAUUUUUUGGACUUAUUUGCUAUUCCUUGUUGAGUGCUAGCUUGGUGGCUAACCUGACUACAUUAGACAGACCCAAGCCAAUUUCUAGUUUAGACGAUGUUUGGCAACAGGAUACCUAUGCUCUUUGCAUGAGAAACAUAACUUUUUUAUAUGAUCAAUUUGUGAACAAGAAUAGGACUAUUCUUCCAAAAUAUAAAAAUAAUUUAAACACUAAGAAGUGUCCAAGAAAUAUGCUUGUUUGGGAGAGUAUACCAGCAAGUAUUUGCAAAAGUAACGUCAUCAUUUUAGAAAAUAUGAUAAUAAUGGGAUUGGCUUUGCCACAUGUUAGAUGUCAACUUACCAUGUUACCCAAAAGGUAUAAUGGCACUGGGAAUUAUAUUGUAUAUUCGAAAAAGUUCAAAUUGAGAAAAGUUAUAGACCUGAUGAGUACGAGAAUAUGGAGCAGCGGUAUAAGAAGUAAACUAAGAAGCAAAUGGGUUCCACUCAUGCUACCCAAUUUUUCGACUACAAAUGAUAUAAUUCAAUCAACUACUUUCUCUCAUGUCAGCGAUCUUAUUGGUAUAUAUUGUAUCUUGAUGCUUGUUAGCUUAUUCAUUUUAGGUUUAGAAUUAAUUCUUGCAUUGGUUUUGGAAAAGAAAAAACAUCAAGUAGAAAUUAUAAGAUUCAAAACUGUAGCGUAUAGAAAUUAUUAACUAUUAAAAACUUAC